AUGACAACAAACCACAGACCCACUCUUGAAGCGAAGAGGGGUAAAUCCCAGGGUAUCCGUGACUCGAUAGCACACUCGAGAGCGUUGCCCCAACAAACAAAACUCAAAUAUAGAUCCGAUAUAGAUCCAGAUGUAGCGAAGAGGGCAGUAGAGGAAUUGAAGGAAGAUCUCAUAAGAAACAACAAAAGAAGUAUAGACGUAGAUGGAAACUCACUGAAACGAAGGAAAGAUUUAGAAGGGUCCGAACUGGCUGGGGAUGAGAAUUCCAAGAUAAAUGUGGAGGAUCUCAAUAUAGCAAAGAAAGAAUCUGAGGAUGGAAACGAGUCCCAAGAUGAAGAAGAUGUGAGCCAAUCUGAAGAUGAACUGGAAUAUUCCUCAGAUGAAUCUGAUGAUGAAACAGAACAACUUUUACAAGAACUUAAUAAAAUUAAAGAAGAAAGAGAAGCUGCCAAAAAGUUAAAGGAAUCACAAGAAAGAACCUCCAGGGCUAUAAAUUCGAACCCUUUACUUAAAGUUGGGAACGAACCAAAGGCAGAAGUGAAUAUCAAAAAGGGUUGGAGAAACGCCACGGCCUUCAGAAAUCAACAACCUUCGCUGGAACAAAGUAAAGAAGAAUCGUACACCAGUAGCACCCUUAAAUCCGACACCCAUAAGAAAUUCUUAUCCAAAUAUAUACGAUAG